AUGUACUCCAACUUGCAAUUUAAUGGAGAUCCUCCACAACUUUUAGGUAUAGACACCACCACCACCAACUCAUGGCCCCAUUACUCAUUGGCUUUGCAGAUCAUUAAAACGUACUUUUUGGCUGACUUGAACACGCGACUCGAUGGUGACAUCAUUGAAAGGAAGAUUGAGUAUUAUGAGUCGUACGUGGAGAAGUUGCGUCUGGUCUAUAUGGAAGUCGAGCGCAGCACAUUUUAUCUCAAGUUACUUGAUAGUUUGAAGGGGCUUAAAGAAUUAUGGCAAGCAUAUACCUCGGUGGUGGGAAUGUAUGUUAUUGAUGCAUCCAUACUAAACUACCGGUUUGUGUCUAGCAAGUUGUUGACCACUUUAAAUCUGGAAACAUUUGGUGAUACGGAUCACAAACUGAAACUUCUACGAUACAAGUCCCGGAAUGAUAUCUAUAUGAAUCGAAAGUUGAGAUUGAUGUUUCUCAAGGUGAAAUUCGCAGAGGUUCAUGCAUUGGCCAGCCGGGUCAAUUUUGAAUUGAGAAGAGAACAAUUUGUACACUCAUCCAUGCUUGAAAAAUUUGACGAGUACUUGGUGUUCAUCGACACCAAGGACAAUGAUUCCGACUUGAUCAGCGAGUUAGAUCCGUUGGGGAAACCGAUGGAUAAUCCUUCACUCCCAGAUUUUGAGGAUGAGCAAGUGAUUGGCGGUGGUGGGUUUUCAAAGGAUGAAAUAAACUUUUACAAUUUCAAAGAUGGCAUGAGUCAUGGCCAUGUAUACUUUGGAGAAGUAGAGAACAAUGAGAACCAGUUCACUAUCCCCAACCACAUAUACAUCAAAAGCAUCUCGUCAAAGAGGUAUUUUGACACAUUGUGCUUUCUUAUCAAACAGCCACACAAAAAGGUCAAAGCUGACCGUAUCAUCGAGGAGAUUCUUGAGGCUAGGAGAAUGGACGAGUACGCUGGUUCAAAGGUACCGUACCUAAACGAAGUUACGCAAAUAAUUUUUAAUGAUUCAAAAUAA